GGUCCAUUUACUACUGACCUUCUCGGCAUCAGGUACUAGCCAUGGCUAACUCGUUCAAUCUUUGGACAACUGAAGUCGACGGGAAUUCCACCAGCUCAAAACAACAGCUAACGAAUGACAAGAAAGAUAGCACCAGCGACGUCGAGGUUCCCCAACUACCAUCAGGCAAGGAACCAGAGGAGAGGGAACAAUGGGGGAACAAGGCCGAGUUUGUCCUGUCCUGCAUCGGACUGUCUGUUGGUCUGGGCAACGUUUGGAGGUUCCCGUACCUGGCAUAUCAGAACGGGGGAGCCGCCUUCCUGAUCGCCUACAUCAUCCUACAACUUCUGAUCGGCAAACCCAUGUACUUCAUGGAGCUGGUGAUGGGACAGUACUCGGGCAGGGGGCCCACCAAAGUCUGGGAGAUGAACCCUUGUGCUAAAGGUAUAGGAAUAUCAAUGUGUAUUAUAUCAUUGGUUGUCGCCAUCUACUACAACAUCAUCAUGGCCUACACGUUGUAUUUUUUCUUCGCAUCAAUGCAGGAGACGCUGCCGUGGUCAGUCUGUACUGAGGAAUGGAAACGAGACUACAACUGUAUAUCGAGCCAAGAGCCGCCAUUGAAGAGCUGCACGGACAACAUGACAACCAAUCAAAUGAUGGGGCGGUGCCUGUGUACCAACGACACGCUCAUUGCCAUGCCUUUCAACAUGACGUGUAUGGAGCCUAGGACGUCCAAGUCACCGGCUGACUUAUACUUCUAUAAGGAGGUCAUCCAGAAGUCUGAGGGCGUUGACCCCAUGUUCAUGGGCUCCCCACUCUGGAAGAUUGUUCUCUGUCUCAUCCUCUCCUGGAUCAUCGUCGUCAUCUGCUUGAUCAAGGGAAUCAAAAGUUCAGGCAAGGUGGUCUACUUCACUGCCACCUUCCCCUACGUCAUCCUCCUCAUCCUCCUGGUCCGUGGUGCUCUGCUGGAUGGUGCUAAAGAUGGUGUGGAUUUUUUUAUCAUCCCAGACUGGGAGAAGCUCAAGGACAUUCAGGUGUGGGUGGCCGCUGCUGGUCAGAUGUUCUUCUCCCUGGGCGUGUCCUUUGGUGGUAUCAUCAUGUUUGGUAGCUACAACAAGUUCAACAACAUGGUCUACUAUGACUCGCUGAUUAUAAGCAUGAUGGAUCUCAUCACCAGCGUUAUAGCGGGUUUCGUCGUCUUCACCACAUAUGGCGGCAUGGCCAAGAUCGUCGGCAAAAAAGUUUCGGAGGUUGCAUCAGGCGGCUACGGGAUGGCGUUUGUUGUCUACCCUGAAGCCUUGUCCAACCUACCCCCCUCACAGCUGUGGUCCAUUCUGUUCUUCUUCAUGCUCUUUACGCUGGGGCUGGACUCAGAGUUCGCUUUUAUCGAGACUGUAAUGACGUGCAUACAAGACGAGUUCCCCAAGACGCGGAAGUACAAGAGGUACAUGUGUAUUGGCUUCGCUGUGGCCUGUUUCUUGCUGGCCUUGCCGUGCACGUGCCCUGGCGGAGACUAUGUCGUGACUAUAAUGGACCAUUAUGGCGCCGACUUUUCUGUUCUGAUUUUAGCUUUUUGUGAGGUGGUUUCUGUUAUGUGGGUCUAUGGCGUGAUGCGGUUCUUCAACGACAUCAAGUACAUGCUGGGUGCCAAGCCCCACGGCUGGCCAUACUGGAUCUUCUGCUGGUCUUUUUCUGCUCCCCUCCUCAUUGCGGCGCUGUUCCUGUACCGUAUGAUCCGCUACAAGCCACCCACCUACAGCCCCGGGGUACCGUUCCCAUUGUUUGCUCAGGCCAUUGGCUGGACACUACUGACCGCUGUCCUGUGCCCCAUCCCUCUCUGGUUCUUGUGGAAGGCUUUUACGUCAUUCAGAGAUCCUGGGGUAACUAAUAUACGACAGUGGUCUAGGCUCAUGUUCCAGCCCACCAAGGAGUGGUUCCCAAACGACAAGAAGGACCACCACAUACCAGACAUCUACAGGGAGGUCGACAGCUUCACCCUGAACACCGACAACCCAGCAAGGGUCAAGGACGAACCUGAGAUCCGAGGGCAGGACAGUCACGAGAAGACAGAACAUGCAGGAAAAGGGCAUGACAACAAAGGGUUUAUACAAUAACAUUUUGGCUUUUUCUUUUUUAAACUGUGUUUAAGUGAAUGAAUUCUGCAUUUGACCCUGUGAUUUAGAUAGUGUAUAUGCAUUUUAC